AUGGCGCUCGGGCCGUUCAGGUACGGGGGCGUCGUGGACCACGCAAGGAACGCGCUGACCGUCGGCAGCCGCGACGUGCACGUGCUGCCCGACGGGAGCGGGGUCUUCGUCGAGCACGUCGACCCCGCGGACGAGGCCACGUUCUUCGAUUCGACCGAGCUCCUGGGGUGCAUCGAGUUCAUCAACCAGGAGGGUAGCGGCUUCCUGGAACACCACGAGCGUUUCAAGACGGCCUGCCGGCUGGACUGGAACUCGCGGGGCGUCUUCGAGCAUUUCAACAUCGCCCAGGCGCUCGCCCAGGGGCUGCCGGUGAACCAGCUCGACGGGGGCAACCUGCUCAUGGUCGAGUGCCAGUUCCGGCGGCUCCAGACUAUCGAGUUCGGACAUUCAGAGCGCGCGCGGGAGGCCGAGGCCAAUAACUACGAGCGGAAGAUGUCCUUGGAGGAGCAGCAGGCCUUCGCGGGGACGGCGAGCGGCCACGCUGAUGAUUUGCCCGGAGCUCUGCCGCGGCUGGCCGAAGUUCUGACGCAGGUGAUGGUCGCGCUGUCCCUUGCGACAUCUUUCCGACCCCCCGCCGGGCCGGCCGCCGGGUCUUUCUCGGACGAGGUGGGCGCAGUCAGCCGGUCGGUGCGGCAGAGGAUUGGCGCCCGUGCUGCCGUGGAGCUAAACUGCGACAAGGCCGCGCGGAGCCUCUGCGGGAUGUUCUGCCGCGCUCCGCAGCCGGGGCUUGGGCAGGGCGCUCCGCUUUUUGGUCUCGUCUCGCGUGCGCAGCGCGAGGGCUCGCUCCCGCAGAGGCUCUUGGGAAGCUUCGCGUGGCGAGCUGGUGCGACGUGGACUCUGCCAAGCUCGGAUCCCAUCGCCCCG